GAGACACCUGUUACCAUGUCCAAGUUUCUUAAACCCAAACUGAAGAAAAUGGAUAUCAGUGGAGUUAAAGUUCUGGAGUCAGCCGACGACAUCCAGGAACGCCGACAGCAGGUUCUGGAUCGCUACCGUCGUUUCAAGGAGCUGUCCGUUGUACGCAGACAGAAACUUGAAGACUCUUACCGGUUCCAGUUCUUCCGUCGAGAUGCAGAUGAGCUAGAGAAAUGGAUCCAGGAGAAGCUACAGAUUGCCUCUGAUGAGAACUACAAGGACCCCAGUAACCUACAAGGAAAGCUCCAGAAACAUCAAGCCUUUGAGGCAGAGGUGCAGGCUAAUGCUGGAGCCAUCAUUAAACUGGACGAGACCGGCAAUCUCAUGAUAUCUGAGAGCCACUUUGCAUCUGAAACCAUUCGAACCCGUCUAGAGGAACUUCACCGUCUGUGGGACCUGCUGCUGCAGAAGACUAAAGAGAAGGGAGUGCGUCUCCUGCAGGCCCAGAAAUUGGUGCAGUACCUCCGUGAGUGUGAGGAUGCCCUGGACUGGAUCAGUGACAAGGAAGCUAUUGCCACCUCAGAGGAGCUUGGCCAGGACCUGGAGCAUGUGGAGGUUCUGCAGAAGAAGUUUGAAGAGUUCCAGACAGACCUGGCAGCCCACGAGGAGCGUGUGAAUGAGGUGAACCAGGCAGCCGGUAAACUAACCCAGGAGAACCAUCCCGAGGCCGAGCUCAUCUUGAAGAAGCAGGAGGAGGUGAACUCUGCCUGGCAGAGGCUGAAGGGAUUGGCUCAGCAGAGGCAGGGCAAGCUGUUUGGAGCUGCUGAAGUGCAGCGUUUCAACCGGGAUGUGGAUGAGACAAUCAGCUGGAUUAAGGAGAAGGAGCAGCUGAUGGCAUCUGAUGAUUUUGGUCGUGACCUUGCCAGUGUUCAAGCCCUGCUCCGGAAGCACGAGGGGCUGGAAAGAGACUUGGCGGCCUUGGAGGACAAGGUAAACACUCUUGGUGGUGAGGCGGACCGUCUGCAGCAGACACACCCCCAGAAUGCCACUCAGAUCCACCUGAAAAGAGAUGAACUCAUUACCAACUGGGAGCAGAUCCGUACCCUGGCAGCUGAGAGACAUGCUCGGCUCAAUGACUCCUACAGGCUGCAGCGCUUCACUGCAGAUUUCCGUGACCUGACCAGCUGGGUGACGGAGAUGAAAGCUCUGAUCAACGCAGAUGAGUUGGCCAAUGAUGUGGCCGGAGCUGAGGCCCUACUUGACCGCCACCAAGAGCAUAAGGGUGAGAUUGAUGCUCAUGAGGAUAGUUUCAAAUCUACCGAUGAGGCUGGACAGGCUCUGCUGAACACCGGACAUUAUGCUUCUGAGGAAGUCAAGGAAAAGCUGGGCAUCCUGUCUGAAGAGAAAGUGUCUCUUCUGGAGCUGUGGGAGCUACGCAGGCAGCAGUAUGAGCAGUGCAUGGACCUGCAGCUCUUUUACAGAGACACUGAGCAGGUCGACAACUGGAUGAGCAAGCAAGAGGCUUUCCUGCUGAAUGAAGAUUUGGGUGACUCUCUGGAUAGCGUUGAAGCUCUUCUGAAGAAACAUGAAGACUUUGAGAAAUCCCUCAGUGCCCAGGAAGAGAAGAUCACUGCCCUGGAUGAAUUUGCCACCAAACUGAUCCAGAAUAAUCACUACGCCAAGGAGGAUGUGGCCACUCGCAGAGAUGCACUGCUGAGCAGACGCAAUGCUCUUCACGAGCGCGCUCAGUUUCGCCGUGCAGCCCUGGAGGACUCUUUCCAUCUGCAGCAGUUCUUUCGGGACUCUGAUGAGCUCAAAAGCUGGAUCAAUGAGAAAAUGAAGACCGCCACUGAUGAGGCCUACAAGGACCCAUCCAACCUGCAGGGGAAGGUGCAGAAGCACCAAGCCUUCGAAGCUGAGCUUUCUGCUAAUCAGAGUCGCAUUGAUGCACUGCAGAAGUCAGGCCAGGAGCUGGUUGAUGGGAAACACUACGCCUCCAGCGAGGUGUCCACCCGAAUGGAAGAAGUCAGCUCUCAGUGGAAGAAACUUCUAGAGGCAACUGAACUCAAAGGGAUUAAGUUGCGUGAAGCGAACCAGCAGCAGCAGUUCAAUCGUAAUGUAGAGGACAUCGAGCUGUGGCUUUAUGAGGUGGAGGGACACCUAGCCUCAGAUGACUUUGGCAAAGAUCUGACCAGCGUCCAGAACCUUCAGAAGAAGCAUGCUCUGCUGGAGGCUGAUGUGGCUGCCCACCAGGACCGCAUUGAUGGCAUUACUAUUCAGGCCAGGCAGUUCCAGGAGGCUGGACAUUUUGAUGCUGAUAACAUCCGCAAAAAGCAAGAGGCUCUGGUGGCACGCUACGAGGGUCUAAAGGAGCCCAUGGCCGCCCGCAAACAAAAGCUGUCAGACUCUCUGCGCCUUCAGCAACUUUUCAGGGAUGUAGAAGAUGAGGAGACAUGGAUUCGAGAGAAGGAACCCAUUGCUUCCUCUACAAACAGGGGAAAAGACCUUAUUGGAGUCCAGAACCUUCUGAAGAAACACCAGGCUCUUCAGGCUGAAAUCUCUGGCCAUGAACCCCGAAUCAAGGCUGUUACUCAGAAGGGGGAGGCCAUGAUUGAAGAGGGCCAUUUUGCAGGGGAGGAUGUGAAAGCUAAAUUGCAAGAUCUGCACAAUCGUUGGGAUGGACUGAAGGGAAAAGCUGCCCAGCGUAGACAGGAUCUGGAGGACUCCCUUCAGGCUCAGCAGUACUUUGCUGAUGCCAAUGAGGCUGAGUCUUGGAUGAGAGAGAAGGAGCCCAUUGUAGGAAGCACUGACUAUGGCAAGGAUGAAGAUUCUGCAGAGGCUCUGCUGAAGAAGCACGAGGCACUGAUGUCUGAUCUGAGUGCAUAUGGCAGCAGCAUCCAGGCCUUAAAAGAACAAGCUGAGGCCUGCAGACAACAAGUGGCCCCCACUGAUGAUGAGACUGGCAAGGAGCUGGUGCUUGCUUUGUACGAUUACCAGGAGAAGAGUCCACGUGAGGUCACCAUGAAGAAGGGCGACAUCCUGACUCUGCUCAACAGCACCAACAAGGACUGGUGGAAAGUGGAAGUGAACGACAGGCAGGGCUUUGUUCCCGCAGCGUACGUGAAGAAGUUGGACCCGACUCAAUCUUCCUCUCGUGAGAAUCUGCUGAACGAACAGGGCAGCAUUGCUCUGCGACAGGAACAGAUUGAGAAUCAGACUGUGGUCACCAAGGAGGUGUGCAGCGUGUCUGUGCGCAUGAAGCAGGUGGAGGAACUGUAUGGUACACUGCAAGAGUUGGGAGAGAAGAGGAAGGACAUGCUGGAGAAGAGCUGCAAGAAGUUCAUGCUUUUCCGUGAGGCGAACGAGCUGCAGCAGUGGAUCAAUGAGAAAGAGUCAGCGCUUACUAAUGAGGAGGUCGGCUCUGAUCUGGAGCAAGUGGAAGUGCUGCAGAAGAAGUUUGAUGACUUCCAGAAAGAUCUGAAAGCAAAUGAGUCUCGGCUGAGGGAUAUAAACAAGGUGGCAUCUGAGCUGGAGUCUGAAGGACUUAUGGCUGAAGAGGCUCCUGUUGUGCAGGCCCAGCAACUAGAGAUGCUGGGCUCAGCUCCUGGCAAGGAUGAACCAGAUUCCAAAGGUGCAUCUCCAUGGAAGUCUGUUCGCUUGGCUGUUCAAACAACUGCCAACUUUAAUACUAUUAAGGAGCUGAACAACCGCUGGAGGUCCUUACAGCAGCUGGCUGAAGACAGAAGCAACAUGCUGGGUAGUGCUCAUGAGGUGCAGAGGUUCCACAGGGAUGCAGAUGAGACUAAGGAAUGGAUUGAAGAGAAGAACCAAGCCCUGAACACUGAUAACUACGGCCAUGAUCUCGCCAGCGUGCAGGCUCUGCAGCGUAAGCACGAAGGCUUUGAGAGAGAUCUGGCCGCUCUAGGAGACAAGGUGAACUCUCUUGGUGAGACUGCAGAGCGUCUGAUUCAAUCUCAUCCUGAGGCUGUGGACGACAUCCAAGAGAAGUGCACCGAGUUGAACACAGCCUGGAGCAGCCUGGUGGGUCGUGCUGACCAACGCAAAGAAAAAUUGGGCAACUCUCACGACCUGCAGCGCUUCCUUAGUGACUACAGAGAUCUCAUGUCUUGGAUCAAUGGAAUCAGAGGGCUGGUGUCUUCAGAUGAGAUGGCCAAGGACGUCACUGGAGCUGAAGCCCUGUUGGAGAGACAUCAGGAACAUCGCACUGAGAUUGAUGCUCGUGCAGGCACGUUCCAGGCAUUUGAGCAAUUUGGACAGCAGCUGCUUGCCCGUGGCCACUACGCCAGCCCUGAAAUCCAACAGAAGCUGGAGGCUCUUGAACAGGAACGUGCUGACCUGGAGAAGGCCUGGGUCCAGCGCAGGAUGAUGCUGGACCAGUGCCUGGAGCUUCAGCUAUUCAACCGUGACUGUGAGCAGGCUGAGAACUGGAUGGCAGCUCGCGAGGCCUUCUUGGCCAGCGAUGACAAGGGGGAUUCCCUGGACAGCGUGGAGGCUCUCAUCAAGAAACAUGAAGACUUUGAUAAGGCUAUCAAUGUGCAGGAAGAGAAAAUUGCAGCACUGCAGUCUUUUGCUGACCAGCUUAUUAGCGCUGACCACUAUGCCAAACCCGAGAUCUUUAACCGCCGUAAUGAGGUCUUAGACAGGUGGCGCCGUCUCAAGGCUCAAAUGAUUGAGAAACGCUCUAAGCUGGGUGAGUCCCAGACUCUGCAGCAGUUCAGCAGAGAUGUGGAUGAGAUCGAAGCAUGGAUCAGUGAGAAACUCCAAACCGCGACCGACGAGUCUUACAAGGACCCCACCAAUAUCCAGCUGUCCAAGCUGCUGGUAAGUGCAGUAGUGUGCCAGAGCUAACUAACCCCAAAAAGCUCUCUCCACUUGUUUAUUGUCUUAUUGUUUUGUCUGUAAAUGUGUAUUUGAGUUCCGUAUGUCUAUUAUAUGUGUCGCUUUGUACAGCAUCAUCAGUUGUUUGUCCCCUUCCUGCGCCCCAUUGUUGCAUAAU